UGGCUCUGCCGCGAAAGAGGCCCUCUUGAGACCGAUGCAGGAGCUGCAACUUGGCCUGGAGUUCCCGUUCGCCUCAAGCCGCAGCAACGUUUGUUUAAGCGAAAGGACUCGGGCCAAGGUUGGCGGAAUCUUAAAACAGCGAGGCUUUGGCCGGGCUGAGCAGAGAGGUCCUUGGGAGAUCAGGAAACCUGCCAAACUGAACACUUAACGGGGCUGCAGACAGAUCUCGCAGUCAUGGCCGAGCCGGCGAGGACGAAGCGCAUCUUGGUGACGGGCGGCUCGGGGCUCGUGGGAAGGGCCAUCGAGAAGGUGGUAGCAGACGGAGCAAGGCAGCCGGAUGAGGAAUGGAUCUUUGUGUCCUCCAAGGACGCAGACUUAACGAAUGCCGCAGAGACCCGGGCCCUCUUUGAGAAACACAGGCCCACCCACGUCAUUCACUUGGCCGCCAUGGUCGGGGGACUCUUCAAGAACAUCAAAUAUAACCUGGAUUUCUGGCGGAAGAACGUGCACAUCAACGACAACGUCCUGCACUCGGCGUACGAGUGCGGCGUUCAGAAAGUCGUCUCCUGCCUUUCCACGUGCAUUUUCCCUGACAGGACCACCUACCCCAUCGACGAGACCAUGAUUCAUAAUGGCCCUCCCCACAGCUCCAACUUCGGGUAUUCUUAUGCAAAGAGGAUGAUUGAUGUUCAGAACAGGGGCUACUUCGAGCAGCACGGGUGCCGCUUCACCGCCGUCAUUCCCACCAACGUCUUUGGGCCGCACGACAACUACAGCAUCGAGGACGGGCACGUCCUGCCGGGCCUCAUCCACAAAGUCUACUUGGCAAAGCAGCGAGGUGCGGCUCUCACUGUCUGGGGGACGGGCACGCCGCGGAGGCAGUUCAUCUAUUCUCUGGACCUCGCACGGCUGUUCCUCUGGGUGUUGCGGGAGUACGACGAAGUGGAGCCCAUCAUUCUGUCAGUUGGAGAAGACGACGAAGUCUCCAUACGGGAAGCGGCUGAGUGCAUCGUGAAGGCCAUGGACUUCCAGGGAGAGCUCCUCUUCGACACCACCAAGUCAGAUGGGCAGUUCAAGAAAACAGCCAGCAACAGCAAGCUGAAGCGGUACCUUCCGGAUUUCAAGUUCACGCCCUUCGAGCAAGCUGUGAAAGAAACUUGCAACUGGUUCUGCAGCAACUACGACAUCGCCCGGAAGUGACGCGGGGCCCUGCCGGCUGCCCGCAGUUUGCAUCCAGCCCCUCCGGUCGUCCUUGCUGGGACCACGAAUGCAAAUAAAAGGGGCCCGUGUGGGCAGCAUCCCGUCCGCCCGCCUGGAGCGGGGCGCUCCGCCUUCCAAAA